AUGUGUCACAACACACAUUCUCCAAGUCGUGUGCCAUCUUGGGUCAAUGACAUGAUGACCCACAUUGAACCCAGUCGAGUUUCAGAAUUCUCUACAUCUGGAACUGGGGAUGAUGUCUCUGUAUUCUGGGAACCUGACCCAGACUCAUACACAGACCUGUUUGUCCUCCCUGCACCGUCAUUGCAGCCCCUGUCUGGACAGAACUUGAAGUUUCCAAUAUGUGCAUCUGAAUCACAACUUCUAUCACAUGAGUCUCGCACGAGAUAUGGAGGUGCCGCACUCAAACACCUUGUGAGAGUCAUAACCGCUAUGCAGAAUGUUGAAAAGAAGGACAGUGAAAGGAAGCGCAAGCUUGAUGAUGACAAUAUCAACUCCGACAACAGCUGUAACAAGGAGAAUAUCUCUCCAUAUCAUGUGCCCGGGCUGUCUCCACCUGGUGUUCCCAGUACUAAGCAUAUCUGUCGCAAGAAAACAGGCACAGAAUGGCAAACGGUUCUUGAUGUUAUCACAUAUGGCAAGGAGGUACUACGAAGCAAGCCAUUAUCAUAA